GGGAAUAAAUCCAAGAUUCACCUGCCAUCCCAGCUUUCGGGAUGGCCUCCGGUCCGGAGGUGGUCUAAGGUGGACUUGGCGAUGAGGCGGCCGCUAUGAGCAUCAUUCCCCACGUCAAUUGCGCCAUCGCCUCCCGGCUCCGGGACCCAACCAACAACCACGGGUCCUGCCGAUCCACAUUCGGCCCCAUCCACGGCGAUGGCGGCAUGAUGUGAUGCCUUUUGGUGCCGUCCAUAUGUAGGCCCUGCCUGCAGCUUGCAGACGAUGCCGACAUAUCUCCAGGAUUCCCGCACGGCGUAAUAAGCAAGCAACCAGCCUCUCAACCAAGACACUCACUAUCCUCUUUGGACGCAUCUCGCUGGCACCUCUCAUCCCUCACCAUGGCUGCUACCACCCUAGCUGUUCAGACCAGGCAAAAGAAGCCACUCAUCGUCAAUGCAUUCGUUGAAAUGUGCAGUGGGCACCAGUCCCCAGGACUUUGGCGGCACCCUGACGAUGAGUCCUGGAAGUUCAAUGAUCUUGACCAUUGGGUUGAGCUUGCCAAGUUGCUAGAGGAGGCCAAGUUCCACGGCAUUUUCAUUGCUGAUGUUUUGGGUGGUUAUGAUGUUUACAAGAAUUCUCUGGAUCCUGCUGUCAUCAGCGGCGCUCAGUGGCCAGUGAACGAGCCUCUCUCCGUGGUGCCAGCCAUGGCGGCGGCGACCAAGAAUAUUGGUUUCGGCGUCACCAUUUCCACCACCUACGAACAGCCGUACCAUCUUGCCAGACGGCUUGCCACAGUCGACCAUCUCACCAAGGGAAGACUCGGCUGGAACGUCGUAACCUCCUACCUCGACUCCGCCGCCCGCAACAUCCACGGCAAGGCCACCCAGCUCGCCCACGACGACCGCUACGCCCAGGCGGAGGAGUAUAUGAAGGUCAUGUACAAGCUCUUCCAGUCCUCCUGGCGCGACGACGCCGUCAUCCUCGACCGCGAGAGGGGCAUCUACACCGACCCUGCCCUCGUCAGAGAGAUCAACCACAAGGGCAAGUUCUUCGACGUCCCCGGUCCCGCCAUCACCCAACCCUCCCCCCAGCGCACCCCCUUGCUCCUCCAAGCCGGCACCUCCCGCGCCGGCAAGAUCUUCGCCGCUCAGCACGCCGAAGCCAUCUUCACCUCCGCUCACUCCCCGGCCGUCUGCGCCAAGAGCAUCACCGAGAUCCGCGAGCUAGCUCGUACUGAGUUCGGCAGAGACGGGAACAAGAUCAAGGUUCUGGCUUUGGUCACCCCGAUUCUGGGAAGGACAGAAGAGGAGGCGCAGGCUAAACACGCCGAGUACCGCAAGUACGCCUCGACCGAGGGUGCCCUGGCUUUGUUUGGCGGUUGGACAGGCAUCGAUCUUGAUCAGUACGGUGACGAUGAGGAGCUGAGAGAGGUCGAGAGCAACGCUGUCAAGUCUACUGUCACUGGGUACGCCAAGUUUUCGCCGCAAAACUCCAAGUGGACGAAACACACUGUUGCUGAGCAUGUUGCUAUUGGUGGGAACGGGCCGAUCAUUGUUGGUACGCCCGAGCAGGUUGCCGAUGGGUUGGAGAGGUGGGUGGAGGAGGGUGGGGUGGACGGGUUUAACUUUGCUUACGCUCUCUUCCCGCAAUCCUUCAAGGAUAUCAUCGAGCUGCUUCUCCCAGAGCUGCGGAAGCGUGGUCUUUUCUGGGAUGACUACGCCGUCCCCGGCGGCACAUAUCGCGAGAACUUCUACGGUGAGCCGGGACAGAAGCACCCACUACCUGAGCACGUUGCUGCCAAGUUCCAGUGGAGGGCUGGCGUGCCAGCGGAGGAGCACCAGAUUCCGGAAUAACUGGGAAAGUUCUCGAUAUCUUGAUAUACAGAAGAGACAUAUACACACUAUCAUGAUCCCAUCCUGCUCCGGUCCAUCUGUGCAUCCAAGUCCCGAAACGACUUUGCGUUAUUAUGAGGC